ACUACUUGUAACACACUACUAGCUAAGCUAGUGAUAAUAUAGUUAGAAAUGGAGCAUACUUGCUAUACACUUCUUACUUGUGUUACCUUGUUUUGCUUCUUGUUCAUAAGCCCUCCUCUUGUAUCCUCUCAGCAGCUUAAUUAUAAGUUCUAUGAUUCCUCUUGUCCCAACUUGACCAAGAUUGUUCAACAAGGCGUUUGGUCAGCUAUCGCCAACGAUUCUAGGAUUGCAGCCUCACUCUUGCGGCUUCACUUCCAUGACUGCUUUGUUAAUGGAUGUGAUGCAUCUGUAUUACUUGAUGAUACUAGCACUCUUCAAGGGGAGAAAAAUGCAUUUCCCAACAAAGAUUCAGCCAGAGGCUUUGAGGUGAUCGACAAAAUCAAGUCAAAUUUGGAGGAAGCUUGCCCAUCCACCGUUUCUUGUACUGAUAUUCUCACCCUUGCAGCAACUUCAGCUGUUUACUUUAGCGGAGGGCCAUAUUGGCCUGUAGCCCUGGGUCGCCGGGACGGCACUACCGCAAGUAAAGAUGCAGCUAACAAUGAUCUGCCAUCACCAUUUGAGCCCUUGGAGAACAUCACAGCAAAGUUCACGGCAAAAGGCCUUGAUAUGAAGGAUGUUGUUGUUCUCUCAGGUGCACACACUAUUGGCUUUGCUCAAUGCUUCACAUUCAAGCCAAGACUGUUCAACUUUGAUGACUCUGGCAAACCAGACCCGACAUUAGACACAUCACUUCUUACAAAUCUACAAAGCGUUUGCCCAAAUCAAGCUGAUUCUGACACCAAACUGGCUCCAUUGGAUCCUGUCACUUCAACCAAGUUUGAUAAUGUUUACUUCAAGAGACUGGUGAACAAUUCUGGGCUUCUCCAAUCGGACCAGGUUCUUAUGGGAGACAAUAGGACUGCAUCAAUGGUCAUCAGCUAUAGCAGAUUUCCUUAUCUGUUUAACAAGGACUUUGGAGCAUCCAUGGUGAAGAUGGCAAAUAUAGGUGUGCUCACCGGACAAAGUGGUCAAAUCAGGAAGAAUUGUAGGGUGGUGAACUAGAGUCUAUAACACUUGAAUGGUUACAAGUGUUGUUGUAAAAUGAUGUUGAAAGCUAGAUUGUCCAUGCACUAAGUAUGUUACUCCUUUGUACCAAGUUUGUUUACCCAAAAAUAAUAAUCUUGCAUUUAUAUAUACAA